AUGACAAAUAGUGAAAUGUCAGGUUCUUCACCAUUUAAGAUGCGAUUAGUUCAUCUGGACCUUAAAGGAGCUCCACCAAAGGUCUCCUACCUCUCUGAGGUCUUUCCUCUGUUCCACGCCCUGGGCGCCAAUGGGCUGCUCCUCGAGUAUGAAGACAUGUUUCCCUACGAGGGCCACCUGAGGCUGCUGAGGGCCAAGCACGCAUACAGCCCCCCUGAAAUCAAAGAGAUCCUGCAUCUGGCUGCACUGAAUGAGCUAGAGGUCAUUCCAUUGGUACAGACAUUUGGACACAUGGAGUUUGUGCUGAAGCACGAGGCUCUCGCUCACCUCCGAGAAGUGGCGCUCUUCCCUAACACCCUGAACCCCCAUGAGGCGGAGUCCCUGGCUCUGGUGGGAGCCAUGAUCAGCCAGGUCAUGGAGCUGCACCCGGGCGCCCGGUGGCUCCACGUCGGCUGCGACGAGGUCUAUUAUCUUGGAGAGGGUGAGGCCUCGAGACGGUGGCUGCGACAGGAGCAUAACACCAAAGCAAGACUGUGUCUGUCCCACAUGAAGGCGGUGGCCUGCCACGUGCUGGCCCGGCACCCCGCCACGACGCCACUGGUGUGGGACGACAUGCUGCGGGCCAUCCCCGAGGACCAGCUCUCAGCAUCAGGGGUGCCACAGCUGGUGGAGCCCGUGCUCUGGGACUACGGGGCCGACCUGGACAUCCACGGCAAAGCUCUCCUCAUGGAAAAGUACCGCAGGUGCGGUUUUCUCCGGCUGUGGGCCGCCAGUGCCUUCAAGGGGGCCACAGGGGCGAGCCAGGCCCUGACCCCUAUCGAGCACCACCUCAGAAACAAUGUGCAGUGGCUGCAGGUGGCGGCCAGCGGGCCCGCAGACAUGCUGCAGGGCAUCGUCCUGACCGGCUGGCAGAGGUACGAUCACUUCUCCGUGCUGUGCGAGUUGCUGCCCGUGGGAAUCCCAUCCCUGGCCGUCUGUCUGCAGUCGCUCCUACACGGAGGCUUUACCGAAGACGUUAAAGCAAGAGUGGAGAACUUUCUUGGGAUCUCAAGCCUAGAAAUAACUGAUCUUAUGAGCGAGGGGGCCGGCUCCUUCCCCGGCAGCGACAUCCUGGCCCUCGUCACGCACGUCGGCCUCCACCUGCGCAGCUCUGUGGACACGCUCCUGGAGAGGGACAGGUACGUGACCGGCUGGUUCAGCCCCUAUCACCGCGGGCGGAAGCUCAUCCACCCGGUCAUGGUCCAGCACAUCCAGCCCCAGGCGCUCAGCCUCCUGGCCAGGUGGAGCACCUUGGUGCAGGAGCUGGAGGCCGCCCUGCAUCGUGUCUUCUACCCGGACGCCGUGGAGGAGUGGCUGGAGGAGAACGCGCGGCCCAGCUUGCAGCGGCUGCAGGCUUUGGUGCAGGACCUCAGGGAGGCGGCCGGCGCCGGCCCCAGCCCCAGCCCACACUCGGGUCAGGACCCCUGA